UCAAGCUUUCGUUGAAGCUUUUGUGGCUUAGCUAUUGAAGCAUAUUAAGAUGGCUAGUGCUACACUGAAGGUUGAGAUUGUUUCAAGAGAAACAAUCAAACCAUCCUCUCCUACACCUUCCAACCUUGGAACUUUUGGGCUUUCUCUUCUUGAUCAAUUCUUCCCUGCAGUGUACACCCAUUCAUUUCUCUUCUACCCUGCCAAAAGUGACAAUAAUCUACAUCUAGAUGUCAAGAAGAGAUGUCAUGUUCUUAAAACAUCUUUAUCCAAAACCCUAGCCUUGUACUACCCUUUUGCCGGAAGAAUCAAAGACCAUAUUUCCAUUGAUUGUAAUGAUGAGGGGGCUACGUUUAUUGAAACGCGAGUCAAUUGCCUUUUGUCUGAUGUUCUACAAAACCCAAAUCCUGAUCAAUUUAAAGAAUUCCUACCUCCUGAGUUUGAACAGUCGGUAGCAAUAGGAACAGGUAAUUUACUUCUCGUUCAAGCUAACUUUUUUGAAUGCGGUGGUAUGGCAAUUGCAGUGUGUCUUUCUCACAAGAUCGCUGAUGGAACGACUUACACGACAUUCAUGAAGGUGUGGGCUUCCAUAGCACGUGAAGCCAGUGAGGUAGUUCAUCUGGAACUAUUUGCUGGAGCGACUCUCUUUCCUCCCAUUGACUACAAGUUGCCUUCAAAUGUUAAUUUUCUUCUUUUCAAAGACAAGUCACGUAUAUCCAAAAGAUUUAUUUUUACAGCAUCAAAUAUUGAUGCCCUCAAGGCUAAAAUUACUAGCGCAAGCGUCCAACAACCUACACGCGUAGAAGCUAUAACGGCACUAAUUUGGAAGUGUGCAAUGACCGCAUCAAGAUCAAUCAAAGGGACAUGCUCGACACCUUCUUUGUGUACUCUUUCGGUAAACUUGAGGAAGAGAUUAUCGACGCCCUUGUCAGAAUACUUAAUUGGAAAUAUCGUGUCAGGAAUCACGGUCGAAUUUUCAGAAACGAAAAUAGAAUUGCAAAGCUUGGUUAUCAAGCUAAGAAAAGAGUUGAAAGAGUUGAAAGUGAAUAGGGAAGAAAUAUCAGACACAAUAAACAAAAUGCUGGAAAUAGCAACCUCAGGAAAAGGGAUCGGAGGUGUUGUAGAUACCUAUUCUUUUUCUAGUUGGUGUCGAAUGCCGUUGUACGAAACCGAUUUCGGGUGGGGGAAGCCAUUGUGGAUUUCUUUUGCCAACUUGGAAGUCCCAAAUGGGGGUGGUGUUUUUGUGGAUACAAGGGAGGGUGAUGGAAUUGAGGCAUGGAUAACCUUGCGUGAAGAUGAGAUGGCCAUAUUUGAACAAAAUGAAGAGUUGCUUUCAUUUGCUUAUGUGAACCCAAGUGUCAUUGAAAUGACAUGAACUUCUUCCUUCUUCCUCUUCUUUUUUCUGUUUCUGGUCUUGCCUUUUCAAUCUGUAUUUCCAUCUUUUGUAAUCUUCUUCAUGGGUUCAAUGGUAGUUUGUCUUUUAUCAUUAUUUGUUUGCA